UCCUUCGGCCAAUGACAAGCAAAGGAAAGAGGGAAGGCGGGAUUGCAUCUCGUCUUCGACUUCCCUCCUCCCAUUCUCCGGUAGGCACUAGGCAGCAGGCGGCUUCCCUCGUUCUCCGGCGCGCCGGGGACGACAACGACUAUACCGACGUUUUCAGUGUGGGAUCAUGGUUAUGAAGGCGUCCGUUGAAGAUGAUGAUUCAGGAUGGGAGCUCAAUAUACCCGAGAAGAUGGAAAAGCGUAAUACAAGUUGGAUAGAUAUCACCCAAGACUUUGAAGACUGCUGUAGAGAAUUAAAGUUGGGGGAGCUACUUCAUGACAAACUUUUUGGUCUCUUUGAAGCCAUGUCUGCUAUUGAAAUGAUGGAUCCCAAGAUGGAUGCUGGUAUGAUUGGAAACCAAGUUAAUCGAAAAGUUCUCAACUUUGAACAAGCUAUCAAGGAUGGCACCAUUAAAAUUAAAGACUUAUCUUUACCCGAGUUGAUAGGGAUAAUGGACACUUGUUUUUGCUGCUUGAUAACAUGGUUAGAAGGCCAUUCUCUAGCACAGACAGUAUUCACUUGCCUUUACAUUCAUAAUCCAGAUUUUAUAGAGGAUCCUGCCAUGAAGGCAUUUGCUCUGGGAAUCCUAAAAAUCUGUGAUAUUGCCAGAGAAAAAGUAAAUAAAGCUGCAGUGUUUGAAGAGGAAGAUUUUCAGUCCAUGACAUACGGAUUUAAAAUGGCAAACAAUGUGACCGAUCUUCGAGUUACAGGUAUGCUGAAGGAUGUUGAAGAUGACAUGCAACGGCGAGUAAAGAGCACUCGAAGCCGGCAAGGAGAAGAGAGAGAUCCAGAAGUGGAGCUUGAACACCAACAGUGCUUUGCAGUAUUCAGUAGAGUGAAGUUUACCCGAGUAUUACUGACUGUGUUAAUUGCCUUUACCAAAAAAGAGACUAGUGCAGUUGCAGAAGCUCAGAAACUGAUGACUCAGGCAGCUGACUUGCUUUCUGCUAUCCACAACUCAUUACACCGUGGCAUUCAGGCGCAGAAUGACACAACAAAAGGAGAUCACCCUAUUAUGAUGGGUUUUGAGCCCCUAGUUAAUCAGAGACUGCUUCCUCCAACUUUUCCUCGAUAUGCAAAAAUUAUUAAAAGGGAAGAAAUGGUCAACUAUUUUUCAAAACUUAUAGAUCGAAUAAAAACUGUUUGUGAAGUAGUCAAUUUAACUAACUUGCACUGCAUACUGGAUUUUUUCUGUGAAUUUAGUGAACAAUCACCAUGUGUUCUUUCAAGAUCACUGUUACAGACUACUUUCCUUGUAGAUAACAAAAAGGUGUUUGGUACUCAUCUCAUGCAAGAUAUGGUGAAAGAUGCUCUGAGAUCUUUCGUCAGUCCUCCAGUACUGUCUCCAAAGUGUUGUCUUUAUAACAACCACCAGGCGAAGGACUACAUUGAUUCCUUUGUGACACACUGUAUUCGGCCAUUCUGUAGUUUGAUUCAGAUUCAUGGGCACAAUAGAGCUCGUCAGAGAGAUAAACUUGGUCAUAUUCUUGAAGAAUUUGCUACUUUGCAGGAUGAGGCAGAGAAAGUGGAUGCAGCACUUCACAGUAUGCUACUGAAACAAGAACCUCAGAGGCAACACUUGGCGUGCCUGGGCACUUGGGUCCUUUACCAUAACCUUCGCAUUAUGAUACAAUACCUACUGAGUGGAUUUGAGCUGGAGCUCUACAGUAUGCAUGAAUAUUACUACAUAUAUUGGUAUCUCUCUGAAUUUCUCUAUGCCUGGUUAAUGUCCACACUCAGCCGUGCUGAUAGCUCUCAAAUGGCAGAAGAAAGAAUAAUGGAAGAGCAACAGAAAGGUCGGAGUAAUAAAAAAACAAAGAAAAAGAAGAAAGCUCGUCCUCUGAGCAGAGAGAUCACUAUGAGCCAAGCCUAUCAAAACAUGUGUGCUGGGAUGUAUAAGACUAUGAUUGCUUUUGAUAUGGAUGGCAAAGUAAGAAAACCGAAGUUUGAACUCGAUAGUGAACAAGUUCGGUACGAGCACAGGUUUGCUCCAUUCAACAGUGUCAUCACACCACCACCAGUACACUAUUUGCAGUUCAAGGAAAUGUCUGAUCUAAACAAAUACAGCCCCCCUCCUCAGUCUUCUGAUCUUUACAUGGCUGCUAGCAAACACUUCCAGCAAGCAAAAAUGAUACUGGAGAAUAUUCCUAGCCCGGAUAAUGAGGUCAAUCGAAUUCUUAAAGUUGCUAAGCCCAAUAUUGUGGUCAUGAAACUACUGGCAGGAGGUCACAAGAAGGAUUCUAAAGUACCACCAGAAUUUGACUUCUCCCCUCACAGAUACUUCCCAGUUGUGAAGCUUGUUUGAAAAAUGAGGGCUAGGAGGAUAAACGAACUAUAAUUUGUGUUGGAUGGGCUUUUAUAUUGUGCUCGGAAAGGAGAUGGCACUCUUUGAUAAAAAGUACUGUUGUAUUGGGAGUAAUUACUGACUUCCUUACCUGUCUGACAACUGCUGUUUUAAAGUGGUUUGUGUAAUAUUCUACUGGAACUGAUUUUAUCAACUACAUUGUUGAAGCAUUGUUCAAUUUAUUAGAUUUAUCCAUAAAUCAUUUUUAUGAA